AUGGCAACUUCACCUACCACCACCACACAAUACACCCCAGAACAAUUCGUCGAAAGCUGUGGAGCUAUCCUAUUCGACCUAUCCACCCAAAACAAGACCCUGUGUCUUAUCCAUUACCACGCGAAGAACGAAUGGCUCCUCGCCAAGGGACGUCGCAACUGCAGCGAAUCCCGACACGAGGCCGCACUACGCGAAGUCCGCGAAGAAACCGGCUAUCAAGCCCAACUCCAUCCCGUCGCGAUGUACACUCGUGCGCCUCCGAUAGGUGAACAGAGACAUAUGCCCGAUAAACCGCGCUCUUACCCGGAUCUCACCGAGCCCUUCAUGGUAACCAUGCGGCUCUUGGGUGAUAGUGUUGACGACGUUAAGAUUAUUUGGUGGUAUAUUGCUGCCCUGGAUGAAGGGGUUGUUGCUGGAUCUGCUAGGGCAGAGGAGGAAUAUACUGCGAAAUUCUUCCCCUUGGAGGACGCGGUAAAGAAACUCAGCUUCCAGAAUGAUCGGACUGUCCUUCAGAAGGCGAUUUCAUUAGUGGAAGACUGUUAA